AUGCCAACGUUUGAUGAUAUUUUGGAGCAGGUUGGUGAAUUUAACAGGUUCCAAAAGCAAACCUUUUUCAUCCUGUGUUUGCUUUCUGCUACCUUCACUCCCAUUUACGUGGGUGUCGUCUUCUUCGGGUUCACCCCUGAGCACCGCUGCUUCAGCCCCGGCGUGGCGGAGCUGAGCCGGCGCUGCGGCUGGAGCCUGGCGGAGCAGCUGAACCACACCGUGCCCGAGUGGGGCGGCCACGGGGCCACUUUCGGCAGCCGCUGCAGGAGGUACGACGUGGACUGGAACGCGACGGGCCUCAGCUGCACCGACCCCCUGGGCAGCCUCGCGGGCAACCGGAGCUCUGUCCCCCUCAGCCCCUGCCAGGACGGGUGGCUCUACGACUACCCAGGGACCUCACUUGUCACCGAGUUUAACCUGGUGUGCGAGGACUCCUGGAAGUUAGACCUCUUUCAGUCGUCUGUGAACGCUGGGUUUUUUAUUGGCUCCGUAAACAUUGGCUACAUAGCAGACAGGUUUGGCCGUAAAUUUUGCCUCUUAACUUCAAUUCUUGCAAACGUGGUCUGUGGCAUCCUCCUGGUCUUUGUGCCCUCCUACCUGUGGAUAGUGAUUUUCCGCUUUUUGCAAGGGCUGGUCAGCAAGGGCUGCUGGACUGCGGGCUACAUCCUAGUGACCGAAGUUGUCGGGCCGCGGUACAGGAGGACGGUGGGGAUUCUCUAUCAGACGGCCUUCUCUGUUGGGCUCCUGGUGUUCGAUGCCAUUGCUUAUGCGAUCCCUCACUGGCGGUGGCUGCAGCUCACGGUCACCCUGCCCAGCUGCUUCUUCCUGCUCUUCCACUGGUUCCUCCCGGAGUCUCCCAGGUGGCUGAUAUCUCAAGGAAAAAAUGACGAAGCUAAGAAAAUUGUCAGCAAUAUAGCUAAAAAAAAUCGGAAAAAGAUGCCUUCCUAUUUUGAGGAUAUUAAAUUUGAAGAUGAUGAUGAGGGCGGAAAGCAGAGUCCUUCGCUAAUUGACCUUGUCAGGACACCACAGAUGAGAAAAAACACAUUCAUUUUAAUGUACAACUGGUUCACAAGCUCCGUCCUCUACCAGGGGCUCAUCAUGCACAUGGGACUAGCUGGUGGGAACAUCUACCUGGAUUUCCUCUAUUCUGCUCUCGUUGAAUUCCCAGCUGCCUUCAUCAUCAUCGUCACCAUUGACCGUGUUGGGCGGCGUUACCCCUGGGCUGCAGCAAACGUGGUGGCUGGGGCUGCCUGCCUUGUCACAGCACUGGUCCCAGCAGACAUACAUUGGCUAAAAUUGAUUGCUGCUUGCCUUGGGAGAAUGGGAAUCACAAUGGCUUUUGAAAUGGUUUGCUUUGUAAACACUGAACUAUAUCCAACAUACAUCAGGAAUCUUGGGGUGAUGGUCUGCUCUGCCUUGUGCGAUGUUGGUGGAAUCGUCGUCCCAUUUAUUGUCUACAGACUGGUGGAAAUCUGGCACGAGCUGCCUCUGGUGGUCUUCACUGUUCUUGGUUUAAUUGCGGGUGGAUUGGUGUUGCUUCUGCCUGAAACUAAAGGAAGAGUUUUGCCUGAGACCGUUGAAGAUGUUGAAAAUUUUCACAGGCAAAGUGCUCCAAAGGACAAAAAGAUCUAUCUCCACGUCCAGACAUCAGAAGUAGCACGUGACUGAAGAUGGUGCAACCUUCUGGGCAGUCUGCUUUAGGGCACUGGCAUGGAAAAGCAAAUUGGAAUGAAUACCCUUUUGUCUUGCCUCCUUUCCUUUUCUUCACAGAAUCACAGAACAACACAGGCUGUGUUCUCCAAGUGAUCUUGAAAGAUCAUCGGGUCCCACCUUUCAUGACAGAAGGGAGCCUAGAUGAGAUUAUCUAGCACCCUGUUCAAGAGCAGCUUGAAAGCCUCCAGUGCUGGGGUAGCUCACUCAUCCCUCCUCUUUUUUUGGACUGUCUAUCCUUUGCUUACAUUGUUUUCUGAUCAGGUUGUCCCUAAGACUGCAUAACUGCUUUACUCUCUGUAUGCUACACUACUAAUGUUUUAGGGCUGGAAAAUGUUCACACAAGAUGUGUGGACUUAAACAUGGGAGCAGAUCUUAAUUUGAGGAUGGAGGGUUCCUAAAAGAUCUUUGUAAGUCCCCCAUG